ACAUAAAGCAUUCUUGGUCUCUCUCUCUCUUUCUUUCUCGCUUUUUCAGGUUUGGUAGGCGGCACCACCAAAUCAGACUCUUACUUUGUUCUUUUUUUCCCCUCAUCCUUUUCCCCAAAUCCACCUGCUUGAAAUUCCUUACUCACACACAUACCCUUCGCCUCAAAGUUUCCGAAAACCACAAAAUAACUAGAAUCUUCCUUUCAAUAUUUUCAAAUUUUGCCCUCAAUAUAGUAUCUUUUUGAAAACAACCUGACUUGAUACUUUCUUUAAGAAUUUCAAUUUUGAGGGUGCGAGAAUGUUCAACGGAAUGAUGGAUCCUGAGUUGAUCAGAAUCGCUCAGGAACAGAUGAGUCGCAUGUCACCCGCUGAGUUGGCUCGGAUCCAACAACAGAUGAUGUCUAAUCCUGAUCUGAUGAGGAUGGCUUCAGAGAGCAUGAAGAACAUGAAGCCUGAAGACUUUAAACUCGCUGCAGAACAGUUAAAGCAUACUCGUCCUGAAGAUAUGGCUGAGAUCGGUGAGAAGAUGGUUAAUGCAUCACCUGAUGAAGUAGCAGCUAUGCGCUCCCGUGUUGAUGCACAUAUCAAAUAUCAAUUGAGUGCAGCUGAGUUGUUGAAGAAGCAGGGCAAUGAGCUUCAUAACAAGGGGAAGUUCACAGAUGCUUUGGAGAAGUAUUCUCGCGCUAAAGAAAAUAUUAAAGAGAUUCCCUCUUCUGAAAGUAGAAAACUUCGUUUGGCAUGCUCACUCAACUUGAUGUCCUGCUACCUAAAGACAAAGCAGUACAAUGAAUGCAUAAAAGAAGGUUCUGAGGUUUUGGAAUGCGAUGCAAAUAAUCUUAAGGCUCUUUAUCGGAGAGGGCAAGCAUAUAAAGAACUGGGUUUACUAAGGGAUGCUGUUACUGAUUUAAGCAAAGCACUUGAAGUGUCCCCUAAUGAUGAUACAAUUGAAGAGCUUUUAAGGGACACCAAGGAAAUGUUGACAAAGGAAGGUGGUGACUGCGCUCCUGGAGGAUUAGUAAUCGAAGAAAUCACUGAAGAAAUCGAGAAUGUGCCUUCUGGAAACAACAAAAGCUCUUCUUCAGAACAAAAGGUGGUUCAACCAAGAAAGUCCAGUGAAUCCUCAAAUAGUUCUAAUACAGUAAAUGGAAAUCCAAUAACAAAUGCCGAGAGUAUAGAUAAGUUGAAAAAUGAUCCAGUAGCUAUGAGAUCUUUCCAAAACUUCAUUUCAAAUGCCGAUCCUGCAACUCUGGCUUCUUUAAAUCCUGGACAAUCCAAUGAUAUAUCCCCAGAGAUGAUGAGAACUGCUACAAAUAUGAUUGGAAAAAUGUCUCCUGAGGAACUUCAAAAAAUGCUUGAAAUGGCUUCUUCAUUCCAAGGGGACAACCCAAUUUUAAGGGGAGGUUCCCCCAAUUCUCCUUUCAACCCUGGAUCAAUUCCUCCCAACAUAUCACCUGAUAUGUUAAAAACAGCAAGUGAUAUGAUAGGUAAAAUGUCACCAGAUGACCUUCAGAAGAUGUUUGAAAUGGCUUCCUCGUUGAACGGGAGAGGAUCUGUUCCAUUGUCAGCACCUGUAGACAAUACUGAAAGAAGUUCUUCCCGGUCGGACUUACCAUCCUCGAGUACUAGUGAAACUAGUGUUUCUGGAGAGUCAAGUUCUUCUCAAAAUGUCUUCCCAAAUAUGAGAAAUGCUUCUCAGCCGAACUUCCCUUCCUCGACCACAGAUUUGCAAGAACAGAUGAGAAAUCAGAUGAAGGACCCAGCUAUGCGGCAGAUGUUCUCAUCAAUGAUUAAAAAUAUGAGUCCAGAAAUGAUGGCAAACAUGGGCGAACAAUUUGGUUUCAAGCUUUCACCCGAGGAUGCAGCAAGAGCUCAGCAAGCCAUGUCAUCCUUAUCGCCAGAGAGCUUGGAUAAAAUGAUGGUUUGGGCAGACAGGGUUCAAAGAGGAGUUGAAGGUGCAAAAAAGACGAAGAACUGGCUGCUGGGGAAACCUGGCAUGAUCUUGGCAAUAUGCAUGCUCAUUUUGGCUAUCAUUCUUCAUCGAUUCGGCUUCAUUGGUAGCUAGAAUAAUGGAACUUAAAAUUGUAAGAGAGCCCUAAGGGUUCAAGUUCAUGCAUAAUCUAAAAGAAAAAAGAAUUCUUGAGCUUAACCUGAUAGCAAAGGAAUGAGUUGAAGGGACAUAAUCACAUAACCAUUGCUCUUUCAGUUGUGAAUGUUCCUGGAGCAAGAAUUUAGUGUGUUCUAGGAGCAUGCAAGUAUUUCUCUGCCAAGAGAUGCACUGGAAUGUAUUUAGCGGGUACAGUUGAUAUUUUUCUUAUAAUAUUUUUUUUAAUAUAAUUUCUUUGAUUUAUUUUA